AUGCCGAGAAAAGGAAUGAGAAGCCUCUGCUUCGUCUCCAAAACGCCGUCCUUCGCCGUCGGCCGAGACUCUUCUCCUUCUAAAGCCUCUAUCUCAACUCCUCGCAGAAACUUCUCUGAGUCUAUGGUGGAUCAAAGCAUUGAAGCCGCUUCCGCCAUUAUCAAUAAGUGGGAUCCUGACACCUCUACCUUCGCCAAGCGAUCUCUAGCUCUUAACUCACUGAUUCGACUCAGUGACUCGGUUCGGUUAAUGCUCGCAGACUUCGAAUCCAGUAUCCAGAAAGACUCAUCCAAACUAGUUGUCCCAGGCGGUGGAUUACAUCCCCUCACCAUCUCCUCCAUGAGUUACCUCUCUCUCCUGGCUGAUUACAGCAACAUUCUAACCGACAUUCUUAUCGACUGGCCGCCUCCAGAAAAACCAUCAUCGCCGGAUUUCUACUUCGACAGUCCAGUAUCAGACGAUUCUUCAGCUCCUGCGAUCUCUUUGCAGAUGGCGUGGCUCAUCCUCGUCCUUCUCUGCAAGCUCGACAGCAAAGCAAAAUAUUACAAAGACGUCUCCACGUCGUAUCUCUUCCUCGCAAACAAUCUCCAGCACGUGGUGGGGAGAGUCCGAGCAUCCAACCUCCAGUACUUGCUCGGUGAGGAAUGGAUUACGAAGCAUGAGGCGAAGUUGAAGCAGUUUACUGCGAGCUACGAGCGUUUAGCGUGGGGACCGGUGUUGGAAUCUCUGCCGGUGCAGGGGAAAGAAAGAACGGCGAUGACGCCGGGAGAGGCAAAGCAGUGUUUCAACAGAUUCAAUGAUAGAUUUGAGGAGGCAUACCAGAAACAGAGGAGUUGUAUCGUAUCGGACCAAAAGCUCCGAGACGAAAUCAAGAAUUCAAUAGCCGGAAAACUGGUGCCGGCGUACCGGGAAUUCUACCGUACGCAUAAGUUAAAUGUAAGGGCGACAGAGAGGGAAGAGAGGAAUAUUGGGUGGUUUGUCCGAUUUACCCCUGAAGAUGUGGAGAAUUACUUGUACGAUCUAUUUUUUGGGAUGACCGAUUCAGGAAAUUCAUCGACGACGUCGUCUCCGUCGUCGUCGAUUUGGCGGCAAUUGCUAUCGCCGUUGAGAAAUUAAACAGAAUAAUUGAAGUUUAUAAAGAGAUUUUUUAGUAAAUAA